AUGGACAUCAAUUCCCUGCUCUCUGGGGACUCGAAUUCUCAAUCAGGCAAUUUGACACCAGCGCCUUCCUCGACAUCCAACCCGAACGCGCAGAGCUCGCCUGGUCCGCCUUCUCACAACAAAGCACUGCAUCGAACCCGCUCGCGCCAAACCAAAACUUCCUCCCCCCUUGCCCAGCAGAUCUACGCCUCCGCCGGAUCGGGUUCGUCUGCUCCAUCGCCACCGGCCGCCAGCCCAUCAGUUGGCCCUAAUCUUGGGGGUGGUAAUGGAACUCCGCCUUCCGACCCAGCCUCGUCCAGACAAGCGUCCACGCCGGGGAUGGAUACCCUGGCCGAUCUGGCUGCCAUGCAACACCAUCAGCCCCAACGGCCGAAUACUGCUAGCAUGCUGCGAAAUACUGAGUCUUACCAAAGCCAACUUUCUCCAUCCACCAUGCACCCUCAUGUGAACGCUGUCAGCCACAACACACCUACUCCGCGGACGUCCUUCGACAUUGCGAUGGCGGACGGCCCCCGAGAAAGCGCUCGCCGAAACUAUGCCAAGACAUCGCUUGUUCCCGAUGCUCAGCGGCAGGCGACCGAGCUAUUCAACAAGAUCCAGGAGAACCCCCACUCGUACGAGGCCCAUGUGCAAUUCAUCGGACUGCUCCACGCAGGCUUUGUCAACCAUGUCUACCCCCCCAACAACCCCGACAUCCAGGGUGAUCCUCGUCAGUACGAUCUUCUCAAGGACAUGAGGACAGCUCGGGAAGAAAUGGACAAGCUGUUUGCUAUGGGUGAAGAUCUCUGGACGGAAUGGAUUCAAGAUGAAAGCAUGCUCGCCCGCUCGGUCGAAGAACGAAUCGCGGUGACGGAGCUGUGCCAGCGGUCUGUGGAGGAGGAAUACGGAAGCACGCAGCUGUGGAAAAUCUACGGCGAAUGGGUGCAGUAUCUCUACUUCUCAGCUUCCGACGAGGGUGGAGCUAGCCAGUGGUCGGAGGAGGAUCGGUUGGUUGGACGUGAAGUGUUUACCUGGCAGUCUGUUUUGGAUGUAUGGCAGGGCGGCGCCGACGCCACCCGGUGGCGAAUCAACAACAGCAAUCCGGUGUGGGAUCAAUUGCUGGCCCUGUGCACCCAAGACAUUUCACGUGCGCCAUCUCAGGAGAAAAUCAACCAUGUCCGAAGCCUAUAUGACACCCGGCUGCAGACCCCUCAUGCCACGUGGGACCAAACGUUCCAAGCCUUUUCCAGUUUCAUUUCGAACUACUACAACAACAACUAUGAGGAAAUCAUGUCCGAGACGGUCGCCCGCGCGUCGGAUGCGAAAGCCUGGUAUAACGCACGAGAAGAGUUCGAGCUCAAAUUGAGCAAGGCUCAGGAAACCGGUGACCGGAGCAUCGAGUGGCAGGUCUACGCUGAAUACAUCGCCUGGGAAGUGAGCCGCAGCCGCCGGAAACGAGAGUUUCAUUUUGAUCUUGCCGAAGCCAUUUACCAACGCGCGGUCUUGCGGUUCCCCACCGAUGUGUCUCUCUGGGAGGACUAUGUGAUGUUUCUGAUCGACGAAUCCAUGCAUGGCCAUAAAUCGACUACAACGAUCUCGACUCUGCAUCGCGCGACGCGGCACUGCCCGUGGUCGGGCAAUCUCUGGUCCCAAUACCUGCUCAGCUCCGAACGAGAAGGCCAGGGAUUCCAAAAGAUAUCCAACAUCAAGCACCAAGCUACCAGUACUGGCCUACUGGAUGCUGGCGGCUUGGAGGAGGUCUUGAAAGUUCACACCACCUGGUGCAGCUACCUUCGGCGACGCGCCUUCCUCUCCGACUCCACGGAUGAGGACCUGGACGUGGCAGAAGUGGGCAUUCGUUCGGCGAUUGAAAGUGUCCAGGAACUGGGCGAGAAGAAAUACGGUCGAUCCUAUCAGGGUGACCCUCUCUUCCGGCUCGAGCGCAUCUACAUCCGUUAUCUCAGCGAAAGCGGCAGCUGGGACAGCGCACGAGAAACCUUCAAGGGUCUUGUUCCUACCCGGGGCAACAGCUACGAGUUCUGGAUUACCUAUUAUGACUGGGAGCUCAUUUCCUGGAGUAAGUUUGUCCAAGGCGAGGCUACUGUGGAUGCGGCCAGGCGGACACCCAACCCGAGCUAUGCCACGGCGGUACUGAAGCAAGCCAUGAAGCGGACGGAUCUCGAUUGGCCCGAAAAGAUUGUCCAAACUUAUAUCACUCACUGCGAGGACUACGAAGACUCGGAUGAACUCCAAACGGCUGUCCUGGAAACUCGAAAGGCCAUGAGGGCUGUAAAUGCCCAGAGAGAGAAGAAAGCUGCGGAGUUGCUACAGCAGCAACAACAACAGCAGGAGCAGCAACAGCAGCUAUCUGCUGCGGCGGAUGAGCAAGCCUCUUCAGCUGAGAAGAGGAAGCGUGAGGAUGAUAUCGAUGCGAAUGGACUUCCUGCCAAAAAAGCGCGUGCCGAGGAGGCACCCCCACAAGAGGCUGAACCUGUGGCGCUUCGCCGGGAUCGCGAGAAUGCAACGGUGGUGGUGAAAAACCUGCCUCAUAAUCUCUCCGAGCAUGAAGUUCGGCAAUUCUUCCGUCAUUGUGGCACUAUUAACAGUGUCAAGAUGUUCCAUGGACAGGAUGGGAAUUCUGAAAUUGCCAUCAUCGAGUUCGAAACGAAGGAAGAGGCUCUUGGGGCGCAAACCCGUGACCAGAAACUUCUCAAGGAGAACACCAUCGAGGUGCAGAUCGGGUCCGGGUCUACGCUGUUCGUCACGAACUUCCCAGCUACGGCAGACGAAGACUACAUUCGCAAUCUUUUUGGCAAGUAUGGUGAAAUUGUCGACGUCCGUUUCCCGUCUCUCAAGUACAAUACCAAUCGGCGGUUUUGCUAUUUGCAGUUUGCCUCCGCCUCCUCGGCGCAUCAUGCUACUGAGUUGGACGGAACCGAGAUCGAAAAUAACCUGCAUCUCCUAGCGAAAAUCUCAGAUCCUACGCAGAAGCAGCACCGUACCGGCCCUCAAGCUGAAGGGAGGGAAGUCUAUGUUACCAACAUUGACUUUAAAGCCGACGAAGACCGUCUUAACGAGGCUUUCACAAGAUUUGGACACGUCGAAUCUGUCAUCCUUCCGCGCAAUGCCGCUGGGAAAAAGAGAGGGUUUGCCUUCGUGGUUUUCUCCACCAAGGAAGAAGCGACUGAGGCUCUCGCGAUGGACGGCCAGACGCUCUUGUCACGCCCGAUCAAAGUGGAGAUCAGCAACCCCGCCGGUCCCAAGCGUACUGCUCAUACCGUUAUCUCUCGUGUCAAGUCGGAAUCGCCAGCGCCGGUUAAUGGCACCGUCCCGGACGAUGCGGAAGUACCGGUUGGCGAGCGAGCGGAGCGCACCCUCGCCUUGAUGGAUGUCCCUGACACGGUCAAUGAUGCGCGGAUCCGGGCUCUCGUCGAGCCAUUCGGACGACUGAUCAAGAUUGUGUUGCGUCCUGAUCACCAGGGCGCUAUCGUGGAAUUUGCCGAUGUCCACGAUGCUGGGAAGGCAUCCAUGGCGCUAGAGGGGAAGGAGAUCAUCCCUGGCCGCCACAUCCGGAUUGGAACAGUUCACGAUUUGAAGCAGCAACGGGCUGAGGUGAAAACCGAUCGGGUCACCUCCAUCAAGCAAGAGAAGAAACCGAACCCGGCCUUCGCUCAGGGCCCGAUCAAGCGCCCUCAACAGCCUGGCACUCGCGGUGGACGGAGAGGGGGACUUGGGCUGAAGCAACGACCGUCUCUCGGCACGACGUCGACCUCCACCAGUCCCCCCGCAGGCUCUAGCGACAAGAUGGACACUACGGCUGAUGUCAAGGAGGAAGAUAGUGGCAAACCCAAAAAGAGCAACGACGAUUUCCGCGCGAUGCUCGCAGGCAACCAAGGAAAGUGA